AUGGCUGAUCAAGUUGGUAGAAAGAAAAGCUACAGAUGGGUGAGUGCAUCGCAGGCCUCGUACGAUGGAUCUGAAUGGGAUAGCGAUGACGAUGAUAUUAUAUAUGGUGAUAAAAAGGGUACAUCUGAGAACCACUUGAAAAGAGAUGAUACGAUUUCAAACUUACCAGCAUUGCCAAAAUUGAACUACGAAGAUUAUGAAGAUAAUAACACUAUUAAAGAAGAGGGUUCCGAAAAGGGUGAUAAUGAACAUGACCAUUCUCUAGAGGAGGAACCUGCAGUCGUCAGAGAAUCGGCUGGAUCACGUAGAGAUUCUAGAGUAGAGUCUUUUGCGGGAGAUGACCUCUUAGAGAAUUACUUCGGGAACACUGUUGCUAGUCAGGCGGAACGUAAUAGUAACGAUAAACAUCAUAAUGGGUUAAUAGAUAGGAAAAAACCAGAACCUUUACCACUUGAGGAACAUGGAGAAGAUAUGAAGGAAGAUGGAGCAGUACCGAAAUUGGAAUUCAAUUCUUCGAGAGAGAGUUUAAGGAGUCCAUUGCCCCAGAAAACACCUGUAAAUGAAGAUUUGGAUAAUCUAAUGGCACAGAUCUCUAAAGAAAUGGAACAACAGAAAAAGCGUUAUACUAGAGAAGGUGAUGAUUUGAAUGCAAGCCCAAAAGAUAGUAGUGGCGACGAUGAUGAUGAAGAGGAAGAGCUUGGUGUCUCUAAAAAUGGGUACUUUUCCAAUCUGGUACAAUCUGAUAAAGAGGAUGAACAUUUGAUGGAUAAAGAGUCUCCAAGAAGUUAUCAGCGUGAUUCAGCACUUGGGGAGUAUAGUCCAGACAACCAUUUGGAAAGAAGUGUGUUAGCAUCAAGUUUAUCAUAUUCUCAUAGUUCAAGAGAAACUGGGCGCGAACCCAUUGAGAAUUAUGAAGAAGAUAGAGUUAAGGACACUCCUUCAUCUAAAUCCUCUGUGGAACCUCCAGAACGUUCAGCACUACGCUCACCACUGCGUUCACCUCCACAUUCACCUCCACAUUCACCUUCACAUUCACCUCCACAUUCACCUCCACGUUCACCUCCACGUUCACCUCCACGUUCACCUCCACGUUCACCUCCACGUUCACCUCCUAAAUCUUCUUCGAGAUCUCCGGUUAGAUCUCCGGCCAGUAUGAGCUCCUCCUUGGAGGAUAGUGAAGAUGACGCUCUAUCAUUUACGGAAUCUCUCAAUUAUCAUGGUUCAGCGAAUGGGGAUGAUGGUGAGGAUAAUGAUAGUGAUAAUGUUAAUGACAAUAAUUAUAAUGAGGAUGAGGACGAGGACGAAGAAUCUGAUGAUGAGGGCAUAAUGCGUGUACACAAGUCUGGUUAUUUUGGUAAAAUGGUAAGUGAGGAUGAUGAUGCUGAAACUAUACGUAGAGGAAAUGACAGUGAUAAUGAAAAGGAAGAAAGGGUUUCCACUGAAAGAGGGGAUCAAAAUGGUUUACUACAUGAGGAUAAUAAUAAGGGUGAGAUGCAAAACCAACAAGGGUUUACAGAAGGUGCUGAAGAUGAUCUAAGUGAUGCAGGGGAAUCGGUGGAGGCUGGUGAAGGUAAAAGAUCUAUUUCCGGUCAAAAAUCAGUUAAUUUAGGUGGGUGGAGACCAGAUAUAGGUGGAGCAAGAUCAGGUUUCUUACAGGAGACUGCUAGGAAGGCUCCACCUGGUUACGUGUACGAUGAAAAUGGAGAAUUGGUCAAUUUAACGCCAUCAAGUAUGAAAUCAAGGGCAGUAUCUACAUAUUCAGAAAUGGAAAGUGCCUGGAACCCAUUCCCUUCUGGUGAUGAUGAUGAUGAUGACUUACAAACUGUGGGGGAUACCAAGACAAUUUACGAUAAUCAAACCAUUUAUAACGUCCCAGGGUUAAUCACUAAUAAUCAAAAUUUACCACCACUACCGAACUUAGAUAAUGAAACCCAUUUGGUUAAUGAACCUACUGGUAGUAAUAGUUCAGAUCCUAGGUCUCUAACGGUAGACUCAUCUCUUGCUACAGUAUCAGAAAUUGAUAGUGAAAGAGAUAAGGGACCCUUAAAAAGUCAUUUCCAUGAAGUUCUCAAUACAAGUGCACCAGACCUAAAUGGAGAACCGAUGAAGGGAAAGAGAACUGGAGAGUCUUCAGGGGCUGAAACUCCGACUCAAAAGACUCCAAUAAUAAGUGGAUCCACUACUGUACCUUUGCUUGAUUUAAACAAAGUGAUCAGCAGUAAAAGUUCACAUGCACACAAGAUUCAAGAAUUACAGCAUUAUUACGAUCAAUUGGUAGAGCAUGAUACGGGGAUUCAUGCGUGGAUUGAAGCAUCUCUAACAUCAUCUACCAAACCCGAGAAAGGUUAUUUGUUUGAACAAUACAAGGUCAAUAAGCACGUUAAAGACGCUUAUGCUAAUGCGGAUGAACUUAGUAAAAAGCAUACUGUCACCAAUACUGUGGCUAGUGUUAAUCAAAACGUUAGUCAGUUAAAGAAGAAAGUAUUUUUGCAUCCUAUGAAGAGUAGGGGAUUAUUUUCUUCUAUUGGAAAAAAGAAGGUUUGA